CGUGGGAUCACACAAUCAGACUAGAGUCUGACACAAUGCAAUUCAAACCCAUCCUCUUCCUGUGUUUAGCAACUUUGGCUUUGGGCCAAAAAGACCCACACUUUGCCGCUGACAGAAACUCAAUCGUGCAUUUAUUCGAAUGGAAAUGGUCAGACAUCGCUGACGAGUGCGAGCGAUUCUUGGCACCGAAAGGUUUCGGCGGAGUUCAAAUUUCGCCACCUAACGAAAAUUUGGUCGUAACAAGCAGUAACAGACCAUGGUGGGAGAGGUACCAACCGGUGAGUUACAUCCUCAAUACGCGAUCAGGGGACGAAGCGGCUUUGGCUGACAUGAUCAGUCGAUGCAACGCCGUUGGAGUCAGGAUUUAUGUAGAUACUGUCAUCAACCACAUGACUGGGAUGGGCGGUACUGGGACCGCUGGCUCACAGGCGGACCGUGAUGGGAAAAAUUACCCGGCAGUACCAUAUGGGUCUGGAGAUUUUCACGACUCUUGCACUGUUAAUAAUUACCAAGACGCCAGCAAUGUGCGGAAUUGUGAACUUGUGGGACUUGCUGAUUUGAAUCAAGGUUCGGAUUACGUCCGAAGCAAGAUUAUUGAAUACAUGAACCACUUGGUCGACCUGGGGGUUGCAGGAUUCCGAGUGGAUGCAGCAAAACACAUGUGGCCGGCCGACCUAGAGGCAAUCUACGCCAGUUUGAAGAAUUUAAACACUGAUCAUGGUUUUCUCGACGGCCAGAAACCGUUCAUCUUCCAGGAAGUCAUAGAUUUGGGUGGUGAAGCAAUCAGCAAACAUGAAUAUACCGGCUUCGGUACUGUCAUAGAAUUCCAAUAUGGGCUAAGUCUAGGUAAUGCUUUCCAAGGGGGCAACCAACUGGCCAAUUUGGCCAACUGGGGCCCGGAGUGGAACCUGCUUGAUGGUCUCGAUGCCGUUGCUUUUAUCGACAACCACGACAACCAAAGAACAGGGGGCUCCCAGAUCCUCACGUACAAGAACCCAAAACCGUACAAAAUGGCCAUUGCUUUUAUGCUAGCGCACCCAUAUGGUACCACCCGACUGAUGUCGAGCUUCGCCUUUGAUAACAACGACCAAGGGCCGCCGCAAGACGGUGCUGGUAAUUUGAUAAGCCCGAGUAUCAAUGACGAUGGUACUUGUGGUAAUGGGUACGUGUGCGAACACCGAUGGCGCCAGAUUUUCAACAUGGUUGGGUUCAGAAACGCCGUUCAAGGAACGGGAAUUGAGAAUUGGUGGUCGGAUGGUAACCAGCAGAUCGCCUUCGGGAGAGGAAACAAAGGAUUUGUCGCCUUCACCAUUGGGUACGACCUCAACCAGCAUUUGCAAACAGGACUGCCGGCUGGGUCGUACUGUGACGUGAUAAGUGGUAACGCGGAAAAUGGGUCUUGUUCGGGGAAAACCAUCACGGUUGGAGGAGAUGGAUAUGCCGAUCUUUCCCUCGGAGCUAAUGAAGAUGACGGAGUGAUUGCCAUUCAUGUUAAUGCCAAAUUGUAAACAAAUAAACUGUAUUUAUUA